AAAGAGAUCCUCGACAGCACGAAGGCUAUAUCUGAUCUCGGAUCAGCGCAGACUUCCUGCUCGUAAAGCCCUGCUGAUGUCACAUGACUCAGCGGUGCGGUGCGGAAGGAAACAGUGUGGGCUUGAGGCAGCAGCAGCAGCAAUGAAGAGCAGUCCUCCAGAAGCUGCAUGAAACACUGAAGAGAGCUGAAGGACAAGAGAUGCUGGGAGAUCAGAUCAUCCUGCUCGGAGAAAGACACGAACAUAAUGAGUGUGGAGUGGUUGGAAUAACAAGGACACCUCAGUGAAGCAGGACAGGAGAGCGUCUGUGGUCCAGAUGAAGUGUUUGCUGAUAGCCAGUGAAAGCGCAGAGGUCCUCUUCCACUGGACUGACCCCGAAUUUCAGCAGAAUAUCCAGGAGCAGUAUGGGGCGUCUCAAGAGGAGGGUCAGGGGCUUCCAGCCUUUGAGGACAGCAUCAGCACCUUGUUUGCACCAAUCAUCAUCUCCUGUAGCACCAUGGUGGACAGGCUGGGUGACAACUACACCUCCUUCAGCACAGAAAACAAUCAUAUCUACGUCCUACACCAGUUCGACGAGUGCCUCUACAUCGCUGUGAAUGGAGAUGGCGAGGAGGGAGAGGAUGAUCUGAGGAGGAAGAUCUAUGUGAUGAAGAAGAUGAUUGAGGUUCUGUUUGGCAUGGUCACACUCAGCAGUAACCUCCUCAGGAAAGAGCUGCGUCCCCAGGACACGGAGCAAAGAGCGAGACUGUGGAAGCAUCUACAGAGCCUCCUGGAGACCUACAGCCAUCUCCGAGAGAACGACCAGAGCUUCUUAGUGGAGGCAGUGGAGAGGCUGAUCCACCCCACACUGUGUGAGCAGUCCAUUGAGUUCCUGGAGCGCCGUUUAGUUCAGCAGCUCAACAGCAGCGUGGAGAGAGCAAGAGAGGAAGUGCUGCACGCUUUCAUCCUGAUUCACACCAAACUCCUCGCCUUCUACUCCAGCCGCAAUGCGAGCACGCUCACCACCUCAGACCUCCUGACCCUCAUCAUCAUGGCACAGAAUAUGUAUCCUAGCAACAUAGACCAGGAUGACCCAGGUCCUGAGGAUGUUGAGAGCACAUCAGGUUCUGGUCCGGAAAGUUUUUACACCCCGGAGCCUUCCCCUACAGACAGAGGCUCAAGCAGUUCAGACAAGCCAGUGAGAGGAAAUACUCCUGUGUUUGAGUUUGUGGACCCAGACAUCCAGAUGGCAGAGGACAGCUUGCGGACUCUCGAGGUUCCUCCACCCGACCCUUCAACCCCUCGCAGAGUCUUCUUAGAGGUCUCGCUCAAAGAGGGGUUGUAUCCCAUGAUGCCUCACUCCAUGUAUUGUCUACCACUGUGGCCUGGCAUCACAUUAGUGCUACUAACUAAGAUUCCCACCAGUGCAGUGGCCAUGUCUGUGUAUAAGUUUUUGGAGGCCUUCGCCAAGCUGGAGAAACGUUUAAGUGAAGGCCAAGAAGGUUCUGCUGCUACUAGAGGCCAGCCGAGUAUACACGAUGUCCGCAGCAAACUGGAUAAAUUCAUCAAAGCCCUGGGGCCCAGUGAGAUACAGUCUGCACAGUUACAAAAUGCCUGGACAGAGUUUAAGAACCAAGCCUUUGCCAGAGGGGGGCCUGGGUUCAACAAAGAUCUUAUCAUAAGGUGUAAGAAUAUGAAGACUCAGCUGUGUGGAAUAUACCGGCAGUGUUUUCUUAUUGACUCUGGACCAGCCGACAUUCCUCAACGUCUCUCCCAGGGUCUCCAGGAACGAGCCCAGGCCAUGGUGCAAGAGAAACUGAUGGACUGGAAAGACUUCCUGUUGGUGAAAAGCAAGAGGAAUAUCACCAUGGUGUCUUACCUGGAGGAUUUCCCAGGACUCAUCCAUUUUAUCUGCGUGGACCGAUCCACUGGCCAAAUGAUUGCACCGUCGCUCAACAUCUCAGAACACACCACGUCUGAGCUGGGAAAGGGUCCGGUGGCUCAGUUCAUCAAGAGCAAGGUGUGGAACCUGGUCAGUGCAACACGGCGCUAUCUCCAGAAAGGUUACUCCACUGUGACAUUGCGUGAUGGAGACUUUUACUUCUGCUACUUCCUCUGGUUUGAAAAUGAAACGGGCUUUAAAUUAGAGGCAGGAGACUUACCCAUCCUACCUGAUGACUCUGCACCCAUUGGGAUGCUUGCCUGGGACUACUACAGCAGGAAGCUGCUGCGGUACUACAGUAAGAAUCACCAGGGUGAGGUGGUGAAGUGCUACGAGCUGCUGACAGUUCACCUUGGGGUCAUCCCCACUGAGAUCAUCCUCCAGCACUGCAGACAGCUGGCAAGCAAACUGUGGGAACCUUCACGCAAUCCACUGCUGUAGACACACCCACACGCUUUGAGGCACAGGAGUCAACGUACACAUUUGUUACACUGCCAAGAACUGGAAAUAGAUAUACACUGUAAACGGUGGCUGUAAAUUCACAUUUCCAUCAUUUUCAGGUGAUGUACCCUGUAAUACGUUCCCUUACAAUUAUUUAUUAGAAGCACAUAUGUUUAUGACUGGCACUAUUGAUACACACAGUCCUUAAUUUUUGUAGAUAUGAUAUAUUUUUGAACGCUCAUUUAUGACCUGCUUCUUAUUUAUUAGUAAUACUACGUUGUUGUUUUUUUCACUUUUAAAAAUUUGCAGUUGAUUUUUAUAAAUGCAGAUAAUUGUCAAUUUUUGCCUUUAUUUCGGAUAGUGUCAUGAUUUGAAUGAAUA